ACAUUACUUUAUAACAAAUAUUUUGAAUUGAGUGUAAUUUUGUCAAUAGUUAUGAUUAUUUGACUAGGCAGGCUAUUUUUUAUUAUGUUUUGCGUAAACUUUUGUGUCAAGCUAAGCGUGAAUUGGCUCUUAAAAUUGACGUUAUGAACCCCUCCCCGACCCGCACCCGCUAUAUGUCUUUUCCUCUGCCACCUCCUUUUCGCUAAUAAUCAAGGUUCGCGGCUUUUGCGAUAAUAAUUUCGAAAAGAAAUAAAUAUUUCGUAAUAUUAACAACCUUUGGUUGGGCUUAAAGUGAAAAGCCUACUGAAUAUCUAAUAUCAAAAUGGCUGGCUUUGAAAUAAAGACAUGUAACAGCAAAAAGGGUAAAGCGAUGUUUUCUACAAAGAAUUACGAACCAGGUGAUAUAAUUCUGGAGGAGGAUCCUUUAGUGUCAUGCCAGUUUGCGUGGAACGCUGCAUAUAAAUACAUAGCAUGUGAUCAUUGUAUGAGGCCCCUAGAAACCCCCGAGCAAAACGUGAGACGUCUAUCAGCCAACCCAGACAUGGUGCUCCCACACCCAGAUUGUUAUGACUUGUGCCUGGACAACAUCACCAGUUGUGACCAGUGUGGAGCGUAUUACUGCUCGGAGAGCUGCCAGCAGCAGGCCUAUGCGAAGUACCAUAGGACAAUAUGCUAUGACACAAAUGAUUUGCAGCAUCCUAUUGCUGUGCUGUUGGAGGCUUGGAAGCCCCUCCACUACCCACCAGAAACAACCAGCAUCAUGCUCUUAGUCCGGAUACUAGCCUACAUCCAGCAGAGCUCAGACCCAAGUUCAGCUGUUGCCACAAUUAAGCAGUUCUGCCACCGCACCAUGAAUGAGGAUGAGGAAAUUAUGCACAAAUUACUUGGAGACCAGUUUGUGGAUCAGCUUAAUAUGCUGCGGGAGCUUACAGCCAAUGUUGUUAAUGGGGAUGCUGUACAAGAGUUUCUCACUCCUGACGGCUUCUGCAGCCUAAUGGCUCUAGUGGGCACAAAUGGGCAGGGCAUUGGCACCAGCCCCUUAGCCAUGUGGGUCAACUCGGUGGUGGGGCUCACACUCUCCGAUGACGAGAGGAGACAGCUGGACCUAUUCCUCACCAGGAUGUAUGAUAAAGUGCAGGAAGAAUCGGGCUCCUUUCUAAACACCGAAGGCUCUGGUCUCUUCAAGCUGCAAAGUGCUUGCAACCACAACUGUUCUCCCAACGCCGAGUCCACAUUCCCGUACGGCAACCAUCGGUUACAACUUAAGGCCAUCAAACCCAUACGGCCUGGGGAAGAGAUCUGUAUCAGCUACUUGGAUGAGUGCUUCUUGCAGAGGUCCAGGCAUUCUAGGCAGAAAGAGCUUGCCCAGAACUACCUCUUCGUGUGCGACUGCCACCGCUGCCUCUCCGAGUCCUCGCAACCAGAGUGCACCAGCGAGGAGGAAAUGUCCGAAGAAGACGCGGACGACUGAUGCUCCAACCUGCUGGCCUUCUGCUUACUUGGCCUGUAAGAAUGGACCCUAUGUGCAGUGCUUAAGGUGCAAUUUUAAGUGGCAGUUGACCGAAAUGUGAAGUAAAUUAAAUUGUGUAGCAAGUGAAAAGUGACCUAAUUGUACAGAGAUUAAGCUUCAGUUUUUAGUAAGUGAAGGAGCCGCGAAUGACUGUCGUUACAAUCUGCUAGUUUUCGGCCUGAAGAUAGACUUUGCGUGGAUUGCAGUACUAAGGCUUCAUUCGCACGGGCGCUUUUACAACGCGCGUUAUAAAAGCGUUUGAAUGACACAAAUGGAUACCCGUUUAUCUAAUCACACGAUGGCGGUGGCGCUUUUUUAUUGAGCCAUUAAUUCGAAAGGGGUUGGCGGGUCGAAGUAUUUAACAGAUGGCGCUAGCGUAGUUUGCCCUGUCAAUCCCUAGAAAUUGUGUCAAAUUCUUGCUUUUUUUUGAGAUUUUAUGACCUGGAUUCCAGCCCUUUACUUACCUUUUGAACGCCACGCCUAUCGUACGCGGUGCGUAAUAGUGAACCUUGUCGGUACGCAUGAAGGUUGAUAUUGGGCUGUAGCCGCGCGCGUCAUUUGACGUCUUUGGCGGUCAAAAGGUUAAGCCAGAUCUUAUAGAAAAAACUAGAGGUAGAGAGGCAAGCUAUUAUGAUGGCACCAUAUAUGCAAACCUUUGACUGUUGCCAACCCCAUUUAGCGUACGGAAUAUCUAACGUCAGGUAACACGACGCUUUUUAAACUCUCGUGUGAGAGAGGCCUUAAGGGGCAAUUUUAAGUGGACAGAACUGGCUGUAAGCAUGUUCCCAGAAAAAGAACCUCCAUUGUACAGAUAUUAAGGUUCAGUUUUAAUUGUAAGGACAACGAGUACGAAAGUAAGUGAAAUAUUUUAAAUUUUGCUGUUAUUAAUUAAGAUACUAAUAGGACCAAUCUGCAUUUCUUAUUUUGUCGUAGCUAUGUACCUAUUCUAUGUAAUAUAAAUGGGUAAUCUCAUAUUUAGCGUUUUUGUGUUAGUCUAGUAUAGUAAAAUGACUUUAGCAAAAUAUAUUUUCUUGAUUUGGUCUCCUUUAUUUCCUAUAUUGUGAACAUAUAAAAUUUCACUAUGGCGUAUAUUAUAUGAGUACAGUGAAUUUAGAUAUAUACUAGCAUAUGUAAAACGUAUAGCAAUAUAAGUGUCCAAAACCUAUAGUGUAUUUUGUAGUCUAUGAUGAUAUGAAUAAUAUUUUGAGAUUUACUGGUAGGUAUUGUCCCAAAUCAUAUUUAAUUAGCUAAGAAAACAUGUCAUAUGAAAUACAUCCUUAUAACACCAGUAGGUAUACAAUAGGUGUACAAUUUUAUUGCAAAUAUAAAUAGAAAAGUAAAUUAAUACUUUUAAUAAUUAAUACUGUAAAAUAUUCUCAUGAUCACGUGUAUAAUAAACCAAAAUUACAAUCACAGAGCUAAGAGAUAGGUAGAGGUAGGUUGGAUCCGUUGGAUUAACACAUACUAUUGUGUAUUUCUUUAGGGAUUCAACAAAACGUAAACAAACUUUGAUAAGGUAUUUUAUUGGGCAAUAAUGUUCUUCAAGUCAAAUAAUUUAACUAAUUGUGUCAAAACUUACAGAAGUUAUACUACGAUAUAUUACUUACUCAAUAUAACAAUGAAGCUGCUAUAAUCGUGUUAUUUUGCUAAUAGGAAUACGAUUUGAUUAAUGAAUAGUAAUUUAGUUUUUUAAUAUUUGGUAUUACUUCGCCUUAGUAAAGAAUCUAAAACGAGACGGAAUGUAUAAUCGUUAGGAGAGGUCGUUCAGUGAUAGAUCCAGGCAGUUUUCUAUUUAGUUGGUUAACUGAUAAAUGUUUCAAGUACCCGAAAAUGUAAAAACACAUUGUUUACAUUAUUUAACUACCUAAAGAAAUAUACUAUAUUAACUGUGACUUCAUGAUUUUGCAGGCUUACAUACCCAUACUCGUCGAAUUUGAGCCAUUCACUACUCGCUUUCGAGUUCUGUACCCCUAGUGUAAAUAUUUUCGACAGCGAAACGUGACGUACGCGUUUGCGUUAAGUGUCAUUUUGUAUGAGAUUUUUGACUUUCCAAAACGUCCCGCUUGGCGCGCUGUUUAAAAACCCAUACAAAAUGAGACUUAACGCAAACGCGUACGUCACGUUUCGCUAUCAACUAAAUUUACACUAGGGGUGCUGAAUGUGUGUGUCACGCGUCAACGAGGUAUAUUACUUCGUUAUCAAAUUUUUGUCUUUGCAACCCUACAUACCUUUACCUAUAUUUCAAAUCUGAUCUCAAUGAUCGAAAAGGUUGUAAAACAUCCCCAUUCUUACCUAUAUUUCUCAUGUUAUAUGAAAUAAAAGCAAGCGAAAGUAAAAAUUUAUCAUGGAAAAUUGGUCUUAUUUAAAUUAUAAAUUACUAAUGAAUAGAAUUGUAAUUAAAUAUGCAACGAAAGGUUAUUAUGCGCUGUGAUUUAGAUACGGCCUAGGAGGAUUUAGAUGUAGUCGGUCCAAUUACUAGUAAGAAGUAGAACCUCUUCGAACGAGGGUAUUCGUAUUUAGACGAUAGUUUCAUUAGAACAGUAAGGGAAACAGUCAACAGUAAACAAUACAACUUGGAAAGAAAUAAAGAUAUAUUACAUAAAGGUUAAAUCAAUCUCACUCAAUAUUAGAGUUAGUGUUGCAAUCUAGUUUGAAGAUAAAAUAAAGGUUCACGUCUGUAGGGCUACUAUGGUCGGCUCUUUAUCAUUUAUCACCAUGCCUGUCACGUUCUAACAAGUAUGUACGUGCGAAAGUGACGGGCAUAGUGACAAGUGAUAAAAAUGGAACCAUGCUGCCAUCGCUGACAAAUAUGACUAUUGUGACGUGAAGAUAGAUCAAGUCUAGGCAUUUCUUCACCUCAAUAAGGUGAAGAAUUUUUUAUAUAUUUAUGACCUCGACUGUACAAAAUAAAUUGUGUUAUAUGAAAAUGACCACUCUAAAACUAAAACACUAGUUAAAUAUAUGGGCUAUGUUGGAAAAUUAUAGGGAAUGUAGAAACAUCUUGGAAAACUAGAAGAAGAAUAAAUAUUGUCUAUAAAAUAAUCGUUCAAUUAUGGAACUUAUAUUCUUGACAACAAGAUUUAUUAAUAAAGUUUUGUCAGUGUUCAGUUUAAAAUAUUUUUUACCAAACAUUUGAAAUGUAAAAAUGAUAUGGUUAAAGAAGUCUUAACUAUCAGGGUACCUACUAAAAAGUGCCAAUCAUACUUAAGUAUUACUUGUGUAUAAGCACUAUAGUAAUCGCUUCUGUGAGCAAAUAAUAUAAUUAAUAUAAAAGGUUCUUAAAGCUUGUCAAUUAACAUGUGAUGGUGUUUAUUAUUUUUGUGAAGUUAUUGUGUAUUAUGAUUAUGUUAGUCAUGGAUUUCUAAAAACAUGUUACUAUGUUUUGUAUUUGCUUUGAUUCUUUAAGGAAAAUAGUUCUUUAAAAGUGUACAGUCAGCGUCAAAUACUUCGUAGCAGUCAAAGUAGCCAAAUAGUUCGGUACACCAUAUAUUUAGUUACAAAGUAUUUGACGCUGACUGUACAACUAGUUUAAUCAAAAACGUGUUUGUAGUUACAUAAUUUAUGGUAUGUAAGUUCUGUUAUAUAUUUGAUGUUAAAUUCAUAUGUUUCGAUAAGCUUGUUUAAAAUAUACGACAGCUUGUUGCUUUUGUUAUGUUUGUGAACAUAAAUAAAAUUAUAGAAUGAA